AUGGCAGAAGGCGUCAAUUAUGUGCAAACCGUAUUGGGAAUGGGAGCAGUGGUUGAAACGGAAAAAUCCAACACUACCGAAGCGAUGGACACCAUUCAGCGAAAAGGCUUUAAAACUUAUGAAAAAAACACUCACACCGCGUGUAAAGGACCGAUGGACUGCCAAAGAUAUGCGAAAAUGUAUUACAAAGGAAAAAUUGUUGAAGCCAGUGAAGUUCUGAACCCGUCGCGAACAUUUGAAGAACAUCUUUACGUUUGUUCUAUUACGUAUUCGUUGAGGGAAAAUUUCCCUUCAAAAAAUAAAUGUCGUGAUCAGUGGUUUUUGGUGGCUUUUGAUACUUCGUAUAUUGAUGGAGCCAAAUACGAUAUACCGAAGAGCGAUGAUGACGAUGUAUUUGUGUAUGUACCCAGUGAAUUUGUUAAGCACGAUACCAAUGCCAAAAAUGAUGGUAAAAAGAAGAGCACCCUUCAGCACUGGAUUAACACGACCUUGUCUGCAAUGGCUGAAAUCAGUGAACAAGUCGUAUCAGCUCGGGAUGACUGA